UUCCAAUUUCCAGACACAUUGAUUGGAUAGAGCCCGAUAGGUGGCGAGCAAAGCCCCAAGAAAUGUAACAGCGCAGUACUUAUCUAGGUCAUCCGUAACGCAUCCCUCGAUACAGCUAAGGGUUAGCUCAGUAUUAAUAGAAAUCAUUCACAGCCGAGAUUUGGAGAAUUCUGAUAGACAAAUUUUGACAGUUACCUUUUUCUAUCUUCGUUGCGGUACAUAUGCUUCGUGUACCCUAUAUGCAGCUUAUCGGCAAACGGCACCGUUUUUUCUCUGGGAGUCUGGGCAGUCUGGGCAUUCGGGUGGCGUGCCGAUCAAGGUUUAUUCAUCCCAAGGAAUAUCGAGGCAUUGGCAUUAACAUCAGCAUCAACAUCGACGGACAACCAUAUCAAUAACCCACACUAACCUACCGAUCAUUUCCCUGUGCUCUCUUCUUGAUUUUUAAAUGUCUUUACGCUCACAUAAAUAUUCGUCUCGUUCAUCAUGGCUAACGACGAAAAGAGGUCCUGGUCGUCGCACCUCUCCUUCAUUCGUACCAAGAGAGCCGUUUUCACUUUGACCUUGUUGGUUAUUAUAUCUGCCGUAUUAAUCGCUCUCGGUGCCACGCACGUACUUCGACCCAAGACAUAUCCCAGCGAUGAUGAUCAACAACCCAGCAGUGGUGAUCAACAACCAAGCGGUGAUGAUCAACAACCAAGCGAUAUUAACAUUACGGCCAACGGCAUCAUGACCGCUCCGGGCAAUUGGAGGCCGAAGAAUUCCAGUAGCAUCGCUAACGGAACGCCCUUGCGUAUCAUGUCGCUCGGCGCCUCUCUAGUUCGAGGUGAAUUCUCGACUGGCGAUGUCGGUUUUCGCAAGACGAUGCGCGACGAAUUGGUCAAUCUCGGUGUCCCUGUCAAUAUGGUCGGCUCCCAACGCUUUGGCGAAAUGCUUGAUAACGAUCUCGAGGCGUAUGGCGGCAACCGCAUCAGCCAGAUUCACGAGCAUGCCACGCAUAUAGUACCCCAGCUACAGCCCAACUUAUUUCUCAUACAUGUGGGAUCAAAUAAUGUUCUACAAAAUCGAGACGUUGAUGAGGCUGGCGCGCAUAUGGAGGACUUCAUCAACUACCUACUGAACGCGUCGACGCGGGCUACCGUCAUAUUCAGCACCUGCUUGACUAACACAGUUCCCGAUUGCGAGCCCAAGAUCCUUGAUGUUAACGAGCAGUACCGAAAUAUCAUCAAAAAGUUUGAUUCGAAGCCCGUUUUGCUGGCCGAGAUGCAUCCUAGCGAAGGCUUCCCGGACCGACCUCAGGCUAUAGACAUUGGACCGGACGGUACGCACCCGACGGACUAUGGAUAUGACCUGAUGGGGCACAUCUUCACGGAGAGUAUCCAGGAGGCAGACAGGAAAGGUUAUCUCCGAUGGCCAGUCGAAAACGGGCUCGAGAAGGACGGAGACGCAGGACGAGCUGAAGAGACUACAACGACCCAAGAACUCCCACCCUCGAUUUCGACAAGUACCAACACUAGUUCAACACAUGCCGCAACGGCUAUAGAAAUCAAUCGUUGAAACCCGUAACCAGUCUAAAGCACUUGAUAUACGAUUUAAUGUAGUGCGGAUUGAUUAUAUCGCGUCUAGUCGAGUCGAGUUGAGUCAAGUAUAUCGCAAUUUGACGGUACUAUGUAGUACUCAUUUAAGGAUGUAGGCCGAAGAGAUGCUUCAAUCUCCGGAUACCCCGCAAUUUGGAUCGGUUAGGCACUGCCUCUGUAACGGGACCAAAUAUGAUCGAAAUCGCGACAUCGCGAUGUU